AUGCUCUGGGUGUAAGCAGAUAAACAUCAAAUUUUCAUUUUUGGGUGAACUAUCCCUUUAAGGAAGCAGUUGGUAAACAAAUAUUGAAAUUGGUAUAUACCAUAUUCUUUCCACUUUAUAAACACUUUGUGUUAAAACUUUGUUAAAGAAGAAAUUUUAGCAAAGUAUCCACAGAACCUCUUUACAUCUUGCCUGGUCCGAAGUGUAUUAUUUCUGUUUUUUUUUUUUUAAAUAAAUAUUCUAAUUCUUAUUUUCUAUAUUUCUUUGUCAGUAUGCCCAUAUUGCUGAUGAAGAUCUCAUAUGACCACAAUUUACCUAUAAGUGCUGGAAUAUUCUCAUCAAGUGAAGAAGAUUUUAUGAAAAGUGAGAACAUGAAUGAUCCAGAACCGUGCAGAAUGAAAUAUGAAGAUACUGAAGAACAAAGUGGUGAUCCAGAGCCCUGCAGAAUAAAAGAUGAAGAUACUGAUGAAGACAUGAUGGAAGAGAACAAGGAGAGUGAAGAAAUUAGUGAAGCAGAAGAAAAAUGUGUCAAAACUGAAGAAAGUUGCUCACAGACUGAAAGUAAUUUUGAACUGAAAAAAGAAGUCAAAAAAUAUUUCACCUGCCCUCCUUGUGGAAAGAGUUUCCCAUACAAGAAAAGUCUUAAACUUCACAUAAGAAUCCACACUGGAGAGAAGCCUUUUGCAUGUGAUCAGUGCGGGAAGAGCUUCACACUAAAAGGAAAUCUUAAGAAGCACACAACAGUCCACACCGGAGAGAAGCCGCACACAUGUGAUCAGUGCGGGAAGAGUUUCACACGAAAAGGAAACCUUAAAGAACACAUGAAAAUCCACAGUGGAGAGAAGCCGUACACAUGUGAUCAGUGUGGGAAAAACUUUGCUGGGGCAGAUAAACUGAAGAGCCACCUGAAUGUUCAUUCAAAGGAGAAGCCUCAUGUGUGUCCUUUGUGUGGUAAAAACUUCAGUCAGCUGGUUGCUUUGAAAUUACACCAGAAAAGAAGACACAGCGGUGUGAAAAAUCAUAUGUGCUUUGAUUGUGGGAAGACCUUUUUUGAAAAUGUUGAAUUGAAAAAGCACCAGAGAGUUCACACUGGAGAAAAACCUUACAAGUGUUCACACUGUGACAAGAGAUUCAGUCAGUUAGGAAACAUGAAAACUCAUGAAAAGACCCACACUGGAGAGAAGCCGUACACAUGUGAUCAGUGCGGGAAGAGUUUCACACAAAAAGGAACCCUUAAUGAUCACAUGAACAUCCACACUGGAGAGAAGCCGUACAUAUGUGAUCAAUGUGGGAUGAGUUUCAAACAUGUAAGCACUUUUAAAUCGCAUCUGUAUUCUCAUUCUGGAGAAAGAAAAUUUUUCUGUGAUCAGUGUGGUAAAAACUUUUUUGGGGCAGAUACCCUGAAGAAGCACCUGAAAGUUCACGCAGAGGAGAAGCCUUACAUGUGUUCUUCAUGUGGAAAGAAUUUUAAAUGGCUGGGUGCUUUUAAAAUACACCAGAAAAUACAUACUGGUUUUGAAGCUCAUGCAUGCGUUGAGUGUUUGAGGACAUUUGCUACAGCUUACAAAUUGAAACGUCACCAGAGGGUUCACACUGGAGAAAAACCUCACAAGUGUUCACACUGUGACAAGAGAUUCAGUCAGUCACAACAUCUGAAAGCACAUGAGCGGAUCCACACCGGAGAGAAGCCGUAUCACUGCCAUGCCUGUCGGAAGAGUUUUGCGCAAUUAGCUACUCUUCUCACUCAUACAAAAAACAGUUGUCCAAAUUCACGAACAUCCACAGAGAUCACAGUUACUCUGGAAGAUGAUGACGUUGAGGAAUGGACAGUUCCUCAUGAUACUGAGGAACAAAGAGACCUGAUGGAAGAGAAUAAGGAAAGUGAAGAACUGAGUGAAAUGGAGGAGAAAAUUCAUGUCAAUAUUGGAGAAAAAUCUUUGAGUCACUCACAAACUGGAAGUAAUUUUUUACUAAAAUAAAGAGUAAAAAAACAAAAACUGCUCUCAUCUUGGAAAGUUUCUACAAAAAGUCUUAAACUUCACUUGUUCUUUCACAUGUGAUAAGUGUGGACUUUCACACUAAAGGUAAACCUAAAGAUGCACAUGAAAAUCCACGCUAGAAGCCACACACAUGUAAGUGCUUUUAAUUUACAUCUGGAGAAAGACCAUUUAACUGUGAUCAGUGUGGUAAAAACCUUUUUUGGCAGAUUCCCUGAAGAAGCACCUGAAAGCUCCAUUCAAAGGAAAAGUCUUGUGUGUUAUUUGUGUGGAGUUUUUCAUGGCUGGAUCGUUUUAAAAUACACCAGAAAAGAGACAGUGAUUUAAAGUAUCAAAUGUGCUUUGAGUGUGGGACGUCCUUGUUUAAAGAUAUAGUCAGCUUCAAGUCUUCUGAGGGGAGGUGAGUGGUUCACAGCGCUUCACAUUUUCAAUCAUGGCAACUCUCAAAAUAGAAUUAAUAGCAUUUGUUGACAAGAACGUAGUAUGGGAAUUGGUCUUGCUGGACUAGAUCUACUAUACUGCUGCUGGCAUGAGGGAAAGCUUACUGCUCAGAAUUACAAGCAUUAGGAUACAUGCUGCUGCAAGGUAAAGUAACGAGAACCCUUGUAUCAGAUUUAGACAGGUGGUGCUGGGGAGGAGGAGGAGGAGGAGGAGGGGGACAGAAGAUUCCCAGUACUGAGCUGAACCAGGGCUGGGCAUAAAUAAAUCGAGUUGUGGAGAUGGGAAAGAUAAAUUGAUUAGCUGUGAUUUCCAAUUUAUAAAACCAAUCAGAUACUCAGAAGAGUUUUAUGACUGAACUGUGACUGAACAAAAUCAAACAAAAACAACAUUUUUCAAUUUUAACUUUUUUGUUUUCUAUGUCUCCUUAAUCAAACACACCUGAUUCAGAUCAUCAGCUCAUUAGUAGAGAUUCCAAUGCUAUGUUCAAAAUCGCCUCAUUCACUAUUCCCUACAUUACUCCACUAAUAUAGUCCACUCGAAGGAGUGAAUGAGACAAAUGUGAAAUCGGAGACUGAGUGUGCCAGAAGGACUGCCAAUUUAGCCAUUGAUUCUUUAGCCAUUGAGCGUGCAUUGGUUGUACACUCGUUAUUGCGGUGCAUUGUGGGAUUGAAUGAGUGCACUCAACAUCGUCCGCUAUGGUUUCGGACACCACUACAAAUGGCUGUCCCCUCAAAUAGUGCCCUAUUGAAGGGUAUAGGGAGCAAUAUUGGACACAGCCCAAGACCUGAAAUGGGUGUGUCAAACAAAGGAGAGAAACAAAAUAUGCAGUGUUGGGGAGGCUCCAGGAACGUGGUUGGAACCACUGUUUUAGAUGAUGACAAAGCUCAUUCUCUCUUGCCUACCAUGAAAAUGAAAUGAGUUGGUUUGGAAGCAGAUAAACAGGGCAUCACCUAUUCAUGAAUGUGAAAUUAAUAGGUCAUUUAAAAUAAAAUCAGUCAUGGUCAGAUAAAUGUUUAGUGUCCUGUGCCAGAUUUCCCAUCUGAAGACAAUAGCUGAUCUUUGCGUAUUCUGAUAUACUUGGGUGUUCUGUGAUUGUCAAAUCUGUGAUGACUCAACUUCCAGAGAAUAUGUAAUUGUAUUGUAAUAAAUUCAGUUGAUCAUUAUACAGGGAAAUAUUAAAGAGUUUUCAGUUUGAACUAUGUUCUUAUUUUAUUCUGCAGUACAGCAGCUAUGAAACAUGCAAGAUUAACUGCAAUUUCUGGCUGAACAUCAACAUUAUAGCUUCAAUAAUAGACAUGUUUUAUUGACCAAAGGCCACAGCGUGUCUCACUUUGACUCUGAAUCUGAGCAGGUACAGUGUGUCAGAGCAUGAACUGAAAAACAGGGCUUUUGUGCAAGCCUACUUGGGUGCAUAAAUAGAAAUAAAAAGCAGUAAUAGAAAUCGAAAGUUACACCAAGCAUCAAAAUCACUUUCGAUUUUUGUUUCUUGCCUUGGAAAUAACCGGUUAGUAUAGCAUUUCAAAUAGGCAACAAACUCUGGCAAAACGCUGAACUUUAGCAGUAAAUUUAUUACGUUUCAUUCCAUUUUGUUGACUGAUUUUAGCACUGUUGCUGUUGCAUAUUGUCCACCUGCAGGUUAUUUAAUUUUUUUUUCUUCUGAAAAUGCACUAGAUUUUAAAUGUUGUCUGUAGAUCCCUCUGGUGGUCUCUUUCGUACAUAUAUUAGCCUACUAUAAUAUGAUAUAUUAAAGGCUUAUGAGUAUUAAUGCUCCCUAAUGUGAAGUAAUUUCAAAUAAAUCAGGCCAAAAACAAAGUUUGUUUUGUGUUCGUUUCAGGAGUUCAAAACAGCUCACCAAAGUGAAAUUUCCAGAAAAGUUUGCUCCAGUUGGUAAACACCUUCAUAUACCUUCAUAUAUUGGUCCGUGGCGAUAACAUAAUAGGUAGGUGUGCUCUGCGGCUCCGCCUUCUUUCACAUGGAAGUUCGGAUCAUUUUACUGAUCAUUUUUCACGUCAUUUUGUUUAUUUCAGCAGAAUAUAAUUAAAAUGUUAACAGCCAAAAUCUUUUGUCACGUGACCGCUUCCCGGCUCAGUAUCUUACAACAAAUAGGCUACAUUAGUAUUGUUGACUGUAUAGUUGCUUAACUAUAAUAUAAUUAUCAAAAGACGUGCAGUAAACAUUUUCUAAAAAUUAAAAAAAUUCUGCCAUGUUCUUGUUCCUGUCGGUCUCUUUUUAUUGUUAAAUGUUACGUAAUGAUCUGGUGUGUGUGGGUUUACAUGUAACUUUUCAGUUAAAAAAAUACAACUUGUAAACUUUUUAUGUGAUUUAUUGUGGACUAAUAAACAUAGGCCCUGUUUCACAGACAGGGCUUAGCCAAAGCCAGGAUUAAGCCGUUCAAUUAU